AUGGUCCAGGUCAUGCGGGGAGCAUUCGACGCCUACAACGUCAUGGAUUCGAUCCUAUUCAUGGAUGACGGCAACUCCCUCUUCAACGUCACCUCCCCCGACGUGUUCUACUUCACUAGCGGGUCCUCGGGCCACUGCGAGAAGAAGCAGAAGCUCCAGAUCUCCGUGCUCAACGCGAACGGCUCCGUCGACGCCCCAUCGUCCGCUGACGGCCCUAGUGUGCUGGCUGACAUCCCACCGAUGGCUAGCAAGGGAGUGCAAGGCCAGGACGUCCUCGCCAAGUGGUCCGCCGGGGACGUAGGAGCAGUCGACACAGCCACCGCUGCCGGUGAUGUCACACCUAGAGGAGUUGCAAGGGAUGUGGCGGAAGGAGGAGGACUUGUAGCUGCUGCAGUCGAGCCACAUGAACUGGCCUGCGAGGUCGAGGACGAGGACGGCAUUCAUGGCAGUGGGUGGGAGUCCCCAACUGGAGGGUGGCGUAGUAGCAGUUGGUGGAGUUAUCUUUCUUGA